ACUAGCCAUAUCACUUCUCUCAACUCUUUAAUGCGUCUCUGCGUGAGCCGCCCUUUGAUAUUCCUUCAGGAGGUGGAGUUCGCGUUGGGUCCCUUCGCAGUGACGGACCAGCGGGAGGAGGAUGUGGACUUUUCGAUGGCGGUGAUGACGGACAACCAAGCCAUCAUCACCAAGAGGCCCACGCUGCAGGGAGACAUGGGCGGCUUCCUCAGGCCCUUCACGCUGCAGGUGUGGCUGCUGGUGCUGCUGAGCAUGGUGAGUGUGGCGACCGCCACGGUCGCUCUGGUGGCUGGCGAGGCGCGGGUCUUCGGCCACAAGUCCGUAUUGCAUGUGUCCAGGGCGUGUAUCUUUGUGCUGACGACGCUGACGCAAGAGAGCUCGGAAUGGAUGCCGCAGCAUGAUGCAGGUCGUGUGCUGGUCACCACGUGGCUGCUGGCGGCCCUGGUGUUCAUGUCCUCCUACGGCGGCAUCCUCACCGCCAUGCUCACCGUGCCUCGGGUCAUCAUCCCCAUCGACUCCCUCGCUGAUCUGGUGGCCCAGGACGACCUGCCCUGGAGGCUGGAGUCAGGAGCGAUGAUGCUGACGUACUUACAAGAAUCUGAGGACUCAGUGCGGCAGAAGGCUUUCUACAGCAUGUCCGGCACCAUCCCGGACUGCUGGACGGCGCGGACCGGCCUCGUGGAUGGGCAGUUCGCGGCCGUGUGUGACGAGACUACCAUGAAGAAGACCAUUUCGUGGGACUUCAGCACCUCGGGGGAGUGCCACCUGUACAUCACCCGGGAGAAGGUCUACUCUAACCUGAUGGUUUCCCUCGCCUUCCAAACCAACUCCUUCCUCCUCGACGACGCCAACGAUAUCAUAUCCAGACUGCGCGAGGCCGGGAUUCUGGUACACUGGCUCAGCGCACAGAUCUCCAACACCACGGCCUGUCUCAAGCCUCCCUCAGCGGACCGAAGCAAUGGGAUUGAACCACUUCCUCUGAGCUCCCUCCUCGGCACCAUGUUCCUACUGAUAGCCGGCUGGUGUGUCGGUCUUUUCGUCUUCGUCGGAGAGAACGUCCUCGUGACCCUUUGCCCUCCUCCCUCCAUGACCUGAUCCUCGAUGUUGACCUGACCUCCAAACCUCGACGCGAUGUGAUACCCCUCUUCCUUCACCUCCUCCUUUUCCAUCACCAAGAAUCAUUAUCCCUCCGUCUUUCUCUAAACUUUUUUCAUGUAUAUCAAUUAGUUCCACUUUAAGAUCUUCGCAAGUUAGUUUUGGGGGUUAUAGUCAAGUGCAAUAAACACC